UUUGCAAACACUUGAUUGAAAUAGGUUACGAGUUAGGGAUGCAGUGAUGGAAGUUUUCAGUCGUUUUUUGAGUUUUGAUCAAGCUACAACAUAAUGUUGUGCUUAAAGUUUUUGUUGUUGUUAGUUGUAUUUUGUGCAGAGUCAACAUCGGGGAAGCAGAAUAUAGGUAAUGUUGAAGAAAAUGGACCAAUUGUAGUUUCAUCAACACACAACGACGAUGGUAAAUAUUUUUAUAAAAACGGAAGAGUUUCUCCUCGUGUAGGUUCAUCUCAUCAUAGAGACAAUGCUGUUGAAUCACAUCUGAAAUCAGAUCUACAGAGAAAAGUCAGUGAACCAAUUGUAACUAAAUCAUCGCACAAAAAGAAUUCAAUUCUUGAUCAACAUCCGAAAGACACUCUUCCAAGUUUGACUCAAAUCACAGUUGGAAAAGACUUAGUACAAUCGAAGAUAGGUUUAUCUGUUGGAAAAGAAGCUGUCAAACCUAGUUUUGUUCCAAAUUCGAAUAGAAAUGGCGUUAUUGAACCAAGUUUUCCUCAUAAAGGGCUGGAACCUAGUUUAGUGUCGUUGAAAACAGACUCUGAAAAUGCGUUAUUCUUCGAAAAUAAUGAAGAUAGUUUGGAUUUGUCAUAUUUUUUGACCAAUGAAACGGAUGAUUAUUCAAACUCAAUUCAUCAUAACGAGUUCAAUUCUGGUUUCGUAAAUGAUUUGAAUUCUAAUGAACCACUGUUUGUUACUCCUUAUUUAGAGAGAGAUGAAUCCGACAAAGCUAGAAAACUUUCUGAAGUAAAACCUUUUAUCAAAGGGCUUACCAGCUAUGCGGGAUAUUUUACAGUUCACAAGCAGUUCAACUCAAAUUUGUUUUUCUGGUUUUUUCCUAGUCAGCUAGAUUGGGAGAACGCUCCCGUAGCGUUGUGGCUCAAUGGAGGCCCCGGGGCGUCAUCACUUUUUGGAUUUUUUGUGGAAAACGGUCCGUUCUACCUUAAGGGCAAAAAACUACUGAAAAGAACUCACACCUGGCACAAGAAGGCAAACAUGAUCUUCAUUGAUAACCCUGUUGGGUCGGGGUAUAGUUUCACAGACUCUGAACAUGGCUACGCCAAAAAUCAAACAAUUGUUGGAAAACAGUUGUUGUCAGCGAUCUCCCAGUUUUUCCAGCUUUUUCCCAAUCUGAGGGUAAACGAAUUCUUCAUCACGGGUGAGUCAUAUGCGGGGAAGUAUAUUCCGGCUUUGGCGUACGCUAUACAUAAGGAUAACCCCACUAGAAACCCUGAAAGUAGAAUUAAUUUGAAAGGGUUGUUCAUUGGGAACGGGUUAACAGACCCUGUAAACAUGUUGAGGUACGGUGAUUUUUUGUAUCAGUUAGGGUUUAUUGAUGGUAAUGCGUUGAAAGUGUUGAAAAAAGCUGAGAGUCUGGUGGCGUCGAAUAUUAGGAGAAAAAAGUGGGGGAAAGCUACCGAAAUAUUCUCGGAGUAUAUCUUGGGGUAUGUAUAUUAUCCUUACAAACCCUAUAUGGAGAAUGUGACAGGUCUUGAUCAACAUUAUAAUUACCUUGUCACUGAUAAUAGCGACGGCUGGACUGGAGAUCAUGACAAAUUGGUGAACAGUGUGAAAUUCAGGAAUAGUAUCCACGUCGGUGGUAAAAAAUUUGAUAGCGGUCUCACUACAGCAUUGCACAUGAAGGAAGACAUCUUGAAAUCGGUGAUAACCUGGGUGGUGGAGCUGUUAGAUCAUUAUAAGGUUGUGUUCUAUAACGGACAGUUGGAUAUAAUUUGCGCAUAUCCGCUGACUGAAAACUUUUUGACGAAGAUGAAGUGGAAAGGCGCGAAAAGCUGGAAGAAAGCUGAGAGGAAAGUUUGGAAAGUGAAAGGGGAGGUUGCUGGGUAUGUGAAGAAGGUUGGGAAUCUGAGUGAGGUGAUGGUGAGGAAUGCGGGACAUCUGGUGCCUACUGAUCAACCUUUGUGGGGAAGAUUGCUUUUCGAGAAGUUCGUUUUUGGGAAACUGUGAGGACGUUUGAUGAAAUUUGAAUAUUUGUGGUUUUUAUAUGGAGAUAGUUGUUUCAAAGAAAAUAUUUUUCGUAAUUUUCAGAAGUAUCUGAGUUAUAAUUUGUUGACAGAACACGUGGAGACAAUUGAUUCUUGAGAAAACAAGUGUAUUUUUGGGAAUUUGUGAAAUGUUUUUGAAUAAAUA